GUUGCUUAUUCGGUGCGUUACUUCGGCACCAGCGUUCCUUCCUAAAUGUCUUGUUUAUGAUUGGACCAUAUUUAUUGGAGAUGAUGUUGGAGGUUAAAAAGGCAUUUAUUAGUUUUCUAAGAAUAAACAAUGACCCGGGUUCUUCUGAUCCUUCAAAAAAUAGUCCACUAACCUCUUCACAUGGAAAUGCUCAUACAAACAUGCAUAACCGCCCUAGUCAGAUGGAUAAUAAUAAUGUCAAUCAUAGAGACAACUACAGUAAUAGCAGUGGUUAUGGUUCUCGCCUUAGUUUCAAGAGGUUAACCAUAUCUGAUUCGCUUGAUCUAGCUGGAAGCCGCAUUCGGUCUCAUUUGAUUUCAGAUUUUGGUCCAGAGGCUAUCGAACUUGACUUGAUGUGUGCCGAUAAAAUUUACUCAACUAAAGAUACUUCAAGCAACGGUCAUUUGUUUUGUCCAAUUCCACUUGAUGGUGAUACGUUUUGUGACCACUGCAACCAACCCAUAUGGGAAUUAGGAUGGCGUCCUGUAUGUUUGAAGUGUGCAAAAUGCCACAUGACCUGUCACUGGUCAUGCAAAAACAAUGUUACAGUUCUGUGUGAUGAAGAUGCUAAGACCUAUCAUCCGGUUGCUGAACUGAAUUCAUUUUCCCCAGAGGCUUUUUCAGGUGAAGAUACCGAGCAACAGGUUGAUAGCUCAGUCUCCAAGUUAUCAACUAGUCCGGAGAACGAUACCAAUGAUCAUAUGCCAUGUGAAGAAACCUUAUUUAAGUAUUCCCAACUGGAUUUCCAUGUAAAUAACCACCUGACUUCUGAAUCUGACAUACAGUUACCUGAUACUGUUACCCCAAAUGAUUUAAACAAAGUGAAUAGUCCUGUUGACAAAACGAUUGAUCAUAUUUCGUCCGAAGGAAUUACUUCACAAUCAAUCUCUCCUAGCUCAAGUCAGUACGUUUUCAAAACUACAGAUUUCGACAAACCGUUAGAAGAACCUGCUAAGUUGGAUAAUGGAAUAUCAAUAAGGAAGAAAGCUGCAUAUUUACCUCAUUCAACAUUGUCACGGCGUGCUACUGAGUUUUACAAACCAAAAAAAUCAGUCGGUGUGAAAUUAGUCAGCAGGCAUUCUCUUCUGUACGGAAAUAAACCAAACGUUUGUUUAGCUUAUGAUUUUUCAAGCUUGGACAAAGAGGCUAUUCGAGACCGAGGGAUUGUUGUGAGACAACUAAGCCCAUCUCUUAUUGAAUUACAAAACACCUCCGAAGCACUUCAGAACACAAGUUCUAUUUCAUGUACUCCAAAACCUGAUUCCCUUACCCAUUCGGAUGAAAGUUCGUUUUCGGAACAAGAAAUUUCUGAUAUUGGCCUUGCUAGUGUGAUGCAAACAACUCAGGAAUUUGUUCGCACCAAACCAAAACGAAGUUUUCAAACUCAUUUAUUUUCCUCAACUGCGCUCCCACUAAUCCCGAUGGUAGUUGGACCGCGAGCAGUAUUGCCUUGGCCUUCUGAUCGUUUGAAACAGUUAAUUCAGAUCUUUAGUGUAAAUGAAUUCGGACUACAAGCUACCGGUUUAACUGGUGCUGAUUCAUGUGACUGUGAAGGUCAAGUUCGUGUACAUAUAAACUUACUACGCCCUAUUCAAAUGUUGCUUACAGCUCGACCAGCUUCUAUUUUCGAUGUAGUUGGUUCAAAAAGUGAUGAAACAGACGACGAUGAUAAUGAAGAAAGCGAUGAUGGAACAAUAGAAGUGAACAAUGGAACUGAAGAGGAUCAUAGUCUUUCGUUGGUCGAGAGUGACAUUAGUACUAAUUGUCAUCUUGUCUCAAAGCAAUACCCUCCUAACGGUCCAGAUCCUUUUGUAUCAGCUAACAUUCCACAUUUUUCAUCAAAUAGUAAAGUCGAUGGAAAUAUUGUUGAGCCACAGCGUCGGUUAGGUAAAACAGCUUCUAAAGUAUCUACUUUUCGGUUACCAAGAGGAAGUACUAAAUUGUUGCAUGUUCGAUUAUCAACAACUGCACAAAUGGUUAUCUGUGCACUACUUGAUCGAUUCGGUAUACGAGAUAAUCCUCAAAAGUUUGCUUUAUAUGAACAUACAAUUGAAGGUGAUCAGAAAGUUUCUGUGCGAAAAUUAUUUGAUGAUGAAUCACCACUGGGGUUAUUAUUCAAGUGGAUUGAUCAAGAUCCAGAUAAUUUUAACAACAUUCUGAGAGUGAAACGAUUAGUAUUGCAAGAGAAUGAAACUGGCGAUAUAGAAUGGACCACAUUCAGCUUAUCGGAAUUGCAUACAUUUUUGGGAAUAUUAAAUCGUGAAGAGAGUGAUUAUCGUAGACGUAUUGAAAUGAAAUAUGAAAUACGCAGAAAAGAAAUAAAACGUCUAAUGGACUUACAUAAUAAUAAAUUUAAAUCUUUAAAUCAAUCAUUCAGUGAUAAAUUUAAUUCUUUUGCUUCUAAUGUCACUACUGUAAUUGGUGAACGGUAUGACAAUGAAGCAGUAACUGAACAGACAUGCAAUGACAGUUUAGAGUUUAAUACGUAUUCUUGUACAGAUUCAAUGUCUGCACCAGUUUCACCAACAUUAUUUCAAAAAAACAAUCAUCAAAUUAAUUCAAAAGAUGAAAAGUCAAAUUUACCAGAAGUUCCAAAUUCACCAGAUUCCAGUUCAUCUCCAGAGGCAACAAUCAAUCUUAAUCCAGUUAAUCAUAGUCAACUUUCUAAUGCUGUAUCCACAUUACCUCGUAUACCAUCAAGUAAAAUUGCUGAAAUAUCAAAUUCUUCUAAUAAAAUUCCUUCCAUAUUUAAAUCAUUUUCUAAUUUUAAAGCUAGAAAAUCUGAACUUGCCCAACAAAAACGUAUAGCUAAAAUGGAAAAAGCUCGUCUUAAGACAGAACAACAACAACAGCGUAAAGAACAAGUUAAACCUCGUUCCCAUUCUCCAUGGAAAUGGCGUACAUUCGGUACACUUUCACCGUCGUCUAAUUCUUCAUCCGUAUCCUCUUCUCUAUUGCUAUCCCCGUCAUCAUCAUCAUCACAACAAAAAUGAUCAAUCAAGAAUAAAUAUCCUUGUUUAUUUCUUGUUCAUAUUCUUAUUUAUUAUUUUUUAUCACGAAAUAACACAGAUGGAUUAUUGAUUUAUUUUCUUUUUCAAUUGUACUCUUUCUUCUCUUUUUAGUGUCAUUAGUUAGUGUCUUCCAGUUCAGUUGUGUAAAUAAUAAUCAAUUAAUUUGUUAUUGAAUUUUUUUUUUGAGUGUUUUGGAUUUGUUUUACUUUUUAUUUGUCAAAUGUGCACUUUUCCUUGUUGCAUCAAACUUUGUCUUUAAAAAAGUAAUCCUUUUUUUUCUUACCCAACUCUCCUCUCUUAUAUUCACUUACUUUUUUCUUCUUCUGCUUCUUUGUGUUCUUUCUUUCUCCCUUUUCUUUCAUUCUCUGUGUGUUUCUUCUAUCUUGGACAAUCUUCGUUCAAAUUAUGACAACCAAGCACCGUAGAGGCCUUUUAUCAUUGAAUUUAAUAAUAGUAUUAUUUCUGUAGUGUACAAAUGAUAAGAUUCUAGUCUUUUCUUUUUUUUUGGUUUUGUCCACUAAGUAUUUCCUUGUUACACAAUGACAAUAAUUGUGUUUUGUGUUACGUUUACAGUUCAGGUCCAGUGGACAUUAUUUUCUAGAAUACAGCACGGAUCACGUACAAUAAUAAUAAUAAUAUAUAUUUGUUUAUAUAAAUCUAUAUUAUCUCUUGCAAAUACUUUGCAUGCUCCCUUCCCUCUCUUCCUUGUUUUCAAUAGGUCAUAACAACACCAUAGGAAACAUGUAGAUUGACAUACCAUACACAAAUACAGUUAUAUUCUUUUUGAUUUUUGUCAAAAAAAUCUCUCUCUCUCUCUCUUCAAACAAUCAGUCAUUUCUAUGCACUUUUUAAGCAAAUCCAUACAUGAAAAUGUUUGAAGAUGCGUUUUUUUUAAAUAUAAAUACAA